CCAGAGUGAAGCCGCCGUACAGCAGCAGCACACACAGCGCGAUGGUGCGCCUCAGAACCGCGUCGCGCAACUUAACUGCGUUUCAACGCGGAAUCAAACUUGUGGACUUGUAAGCCAAGUCAGUUCAAGUGUUUCGUCCUGAACUAAGAAAAAUGGUCAAGAAACUGUUUCCAGGACCCUAACACAACACUGCAACGAAUGAGCUCAUGGUGAUCUCCACAGAACGGACUAAAGACGCGCCACGCACGGUCACCUUCGCUGUUGAGGAGACUUGCGAGAGGAUUCCGAGAACAGCAACGGCUCCGUAACACCGAAACGUUCCUGGCCAGCAGUAACGACCGAACCGGAUCCCGCAGAUCAAUGAAGAAUGCGCGAGCGCACGCACAGUCGAUGAAGCCGGCGGCGGGAUCAUGCGUGUUCUGCCCGAACCGAGCGCGCAGUCACUGCGGCUGGUGUUCCUCUUCGUCUUCGUCAUGGAUGUAGCGCCGUCCCCGGCUCUGACCGCCGGCUGCCCGGACCGCUGCGUGUGCGACGACCAGCUGGUGGUCCAGUGCGCCGGGCAACAGUUAAGCGACUUCCCCGUGGACCUCCCGCUGGCCACCCGGCAGCUGAUCAUCUCCAAUAACCGGAUCGGCGACCUGCCGGCGCUGCAGCUCAACUACCUGUCGGACCUGGUGUACCUGGACUGCAGCAACAACUCGUUGACGGAGAUCUCCGAGUCGACUUUUGGCAACCUGCGCAAGCUCGCCUACCUGGAUCUGUCUUUCAACAGCCUGACGCAGAUCGAGGACCGGACGUUUGGCCCGCUGGCCAGUCUGGUGAUGUUGAGGAUGACGGAUAACCCGGGGCUGUCCGAGAUCCACCCGGACGCGUUCGCGGAGAACGCGGCGCUGCAGGUGCUGGACGUGAGCCGCAACAACCUGACGGCGCUCAACAUCAGCUCGCUGAUCGCGCUGCCGGCGCUGCGCUCUCUGGGGCUCAGCGGGAACCCCUGGAGAUGCGACUGCGACACGGAGGACCUGUGCCUCUGGAUCCAGAUAGAGGGCUUCAAGUUCCAAGAUGAGGGGCAGACGGUAUGCCAGGGGCCGCCAGACAUGCUGGGUCAGCGCCUGGCAGAGGUGGGCAUGCAGCUGAGAUCGGAAUGCCACCAGGGCCUGGGUUACUGGGACUACCUGUUCUUCAUCGCCAUCGGCUUUGUCAUCUUCAGCGCCGGGACAGUGUCGGCGUGGGUGAUGGGCGUGCUCAUGGUUCUGUACGAGCGCUACAGCAAGAGGAAGAGCGAGGAGCUCGACAGCGAAGACGAGGAGGAGACAGUCACCCGAGGGCCAGGAAGUGGAGGAGGAGGGGGCAACCAUGGCAAUGGGGACCUGAGCAAACCAGGCAUGCAGGUGUGACCAGAGGACAGAGGGACGCUGGGAAAUCUUUGACGAACAGACAGUGAGCUGCGGACAGAGCGAAGGAGUUUUUUCUAAAAAGAGGUUUUAAGUGCACUUUUUUAGAAUGUGUCAACAUUAGUUUUAGAUUAAGAGAAGGGCAGGACAGACAGAUUAGAUUUAUUUCUAUUCUAAAAGGUGGACGCAGACAGAUAGAAAGUUAAGAGGGUCACAGUGAACUUUCAGCUGAAAGAGAUUGCUGUUUCUGACAGAUCUGAAGGUUGGUCUCUGUUAAAUGCAUAGAUAUACUGCUCACACACACACAAUGCUCUCCCCAGUGUUAGUAAUGUAAUUGGGGCAGGGUGACAACACUGUGUUUCACACUUAAGAGACAGACAGCGAGAAGGAAGAAAAAAGGGAAAAGAUAGAUAGGUAGACAGGCUUAAAAACUUAUUCAGUAACCUAUCUCAGCUUUUAUUUACUAGCUCGGUCAAAGAAAGGAAUAUAAGUGGAGGAUAUACAAGGCAGUCUCUCCAGACUCAUGCAGUGUGAAAUGAACGAAUAGAAGAUGGAAGACUCUUCUAAACUGUCUGCACAACUCCAUGGAAGGCUGAAAAUGCAUUUUGAGGGGUCACAGACUCAUUGACUGCUCAAAUGAUGGAUUGAGAACAUUUUACUGCGAGGUUUAACAAUAAGGAUUUUUUCUGCUUACCCUGUCGGGCCAGUAAUUUUCACCAUGAUGAAUAUUAUAUAAAUAUUGAUGAAUAAUAAUUAUAUUGACAAAUUUGAAUGAAUAUUAUGAUAUACAUUUUAAAUUAUAAUAUUGAUAUAAUUUUAAAAAAAUACAAUUUUUGUCAUAAAAAUAGGGGGUGGGCACAAAAACAGCAAAUUAGAAUGAUUUCUGAAGUAUCAUGUGAAACUGAAGACUGGAGUAAUGAUGCUGAACUUUCAGCUUUGCUCACAGGAAUAAAUUACAUUUAAAAAUAUAGUAAGUUUGCAAGGCAUAAAAUCACCUAUAGAUGAUUAAUGAAUGCAAUACUGCACUGGCCCAACAGGGCAAGUGAACUGGAUGGAAACAUUCUCACUGGCUCUGCGCCAUCAGACCAUCCUUAUUGUUGAGCCCUGUAUUGGAUGGGACAUUAUUGAUCUCAGUAAGCCUGUAUGCACUGCACCGAAAAGCCUUACACACAAGAUGUAACCAGUCCAGCAAUAACACCUCCAGGUGAUACUGAGAGCAAUAGAGGGAAGCGUGUGAGAGUGUGUGUGUGAGUGCGUGUGGCUCGUCGCAGCAAAACUGCUAUAGGUGGGGAAGAAUAAAAUAUGUCAGCAUUCUGUAAUUUUGGCAAGGCUUUAUUUUUUUUUAAUCAAAUGUGAAUCCUCCCAUGGCUACCACAUGCCACUUUAGAACAGAGCUAAAGUGACCCCUUUCUCUUCACACUGCACCAUCAGCACCCACUGAGAGUGUUGUUUCAGUUUGCGUUUUAACACAAUCACAUAGAGAAAUUAUGAUAAUUGCAUGUUUAAAAAAUUUGUGGAGGACUCAGCGUACUAUUACAAUCUGGCAUACUUUACUGUGUAGCAUUACUACUGCAAUUCAGGCACCUGAAUCGGCUCUUUAAAAUGCUGACAGUGCUCUCAGCUGCACAGCAUGUCUGGAUCUAUAGCUAUUCUCCAUUAUUUGACCAUCACUGGAUGAAUUGCUGGUGCCAUAAUCAUUAGAAAAUGUACACAAUCAUCUUGCCUAAACCAAAGUGGUUUCUGUCAGUGGCAAUGGCACAAGGUUAAUUUCUCCAGGCAAACUGCAGCAACGUUUGUGACUUCUUUAUGGUUGAGAACUAUACCAACACAGUUGGUGCCUGGUGAGGCUGGACUGCUGGUGAUUAGUGAAUAGGGAGCAAUUUCACUCUUGAAUUACCAAAAUACAAAAGUGUCUGUGGCCAGUUGCAUAAGCUAUGUAGACUAGUCUCAAAAAUUAGUCAUCCAAUUGUUUUUUCUUUGAGACUGGUCUUAACUUUUAAAAUUCAGUUGCAUAAAACUGUUUAUAGGUCUUAAUUGAAUCUGAAAAAGACUGAUUACCACUUGAUUAACUGGUAGUUAGUGAAACUAGUUUGAAAGACAAUCUUAACAUUGUGUCUGAUUUUAUACAACUGCCCCCUGGUGAUGCUGGAUUGUUGGUUAUUAGUGAAUAAGUUUCACUCCUGAAUUUCCUAAUACAAAAGUGCCUGUGGACAGUUGCAUAAACUAUUUAGACUAGUCUUAAAAGUUAGUCAUCCAUUUUUUUCUUCAAGAUUGGUCACAACUUUUUGAAUUCAGUUACACAAAAUUAUGUGUUGGUCUAAUUGGAAUCUAAAAAAUUAAGACUGAUUACCACUUGGUUAACUGGUAGUUAGUCAAACUAGUUCUAAAGACAGAGUCUAAACAUUGUGACUAAAUGUAUGCAACUGGCCCCCUGGUAAUGCUGGAUUGUUGGUGAUUAGUGAAUAGGGAGCAGUUUCACUCCUGAAUUACCAAAUACAAAAGUGCCUGUGGCCAGUUGCAUAAACUAUGUAGACUAGUCUUUAAAAUUAGUCAUCCAUUUUUUUCUUCAAGACUGGUUAUACAGUGUCUUUCUGAAUUUAGCUACAUACAAUUGUAUAUUGGUCUAAUUUGAAUCUGAAAAGUAAGACUGAUUACCACAUGGUUAACUGCUAGUUAGUCAAACUAGUUUUAAAGGCACAGUCUUAACAAGUUUAUGCAACUGGCCCCUGGUGAUGCUGGAUUGUUGGUGAUUAGCAGCUUUCCUCCUGAAUUACCAAAUACAAAAGCACCUGUGGCCAGUUGCAUAAACUAUGUAGUCUAGUCUAAAGGGUCAGUCAUCCAAUUUUUUUUCUUCAUGAUUGGUCAUAACUUUUUGAAUUCAGUUACAUACAAUUGCAUAUUGGUCUAAUUUGAAUCCAAAAAGUUAGACUGAUUACAACUUGGUUAACUGCUAGUUAGUUAAACUAGUUCUAAAGAUGCAGUCUUAACAUUGUGACUAAGUUUACGCAACUGGCCCUGGUGAUGCUGGAUUGGAGCAGUUUCACUCCUGAAUUACUAAAUACAAAAGCACCUGUGGCCAGAAAAGUAAGACUGAUUACCACUUGGUUAACUGCUAGUUAGUCAAACUAGUUCUAAAGACAAAGUCUUAACAUUGUAACAAAAUUUAUGCAACUGGCCCCUGGUGAUGCUGGAUUGUUGGUGUUGGUUUCACUCCUGAAUUACCAAAAAAUCUGUGCUUUUAACACAUUUGCUUAUCAUCUGUCUUAGCAUGUUUAUCCCUAUAUUCAGCCUAAGAAAGAGACGUGUACAGCAGCUACAUCUUCUCUUCUGUGGAGUUUUUAGUGGAGAGGUAAAGCUGGUUUUGGGGUGUUGUGUGAUUGAGGGUUGCUAAAUCCAUCUGUAACGGGUUAAAGAGCUUAAGGGAAUAAUGCUUGCAGCCUGAGUUGCUCUCAAAAAUAUGUCAGCUGCUGCUUUUAUAAUUGUAUAGAUUCUAUAGCUAAUAUUUUGUUGACUUCUUGUUCACCCUUUUCUUAAAAUCACAGUGGGUAAUUUGCACACAACUAAUGGCACCUACCGGAAUAAUGACCUUUUCCAAACAGACUCCCCAGACACUCCCAUCUAUGGAGCACCUAAACCAAGACGAUAAUUAUAAAAAUAAAUAUUUCAAUGCAAGAAAACAAUAAUAUCAAUUAUAUUUCAAUGCGAAAGAACACAAAAGUUUUGUAAGUGACUGCCCAAUUGAAAUAGCAUUUUACCUAUUUCUAUCAUCGUGUCCUCUUUCGGGGAUCCAUUCCCACCUGCCAUUAGUCAGUCAAACAGAUACUCCCACCCCAAACACCACUGGUUGAGUCAGUGUUGCUUUGAUGGGCCACUGAAAGUUUAUUUUGAUGCAACUCUGCUCUAUAUCUCACAUCUAACAUACUCUGUCUCUAAUGGUGCAGAAAUUACACACUGUGUCUUUAAACCUGCACAUACUCACUAAACCCUGUUUAAAACUGGAUUUGAAUUAAGAAGUCCAAAAAAUCCAAAACCCAACAAGCUAGUCUUUUCAGCUAGAAAGUCUCAACUUCAGGUCACAACCCUGGACUGAGUGUGUGUGUCGGCACAUCCAUCUCACCUCCUUCUCAGCCGUUCAUUCAUUGUCUUUCUCUUUCUCUCUCUCUCUCUCUCUCUCUCUCUCUCAUUCUGUCCUCUCUCACCCAUUAGAAGGUGGGCCGUUUCAUAUUACGGGUUACAGUGGAAUGUCACCAUGUCAGCAUUAUUUCCAAAGUGUUAACCCCAUCCUGAGAAAAACUAAUAAUACCAUGUCUUCAGGGGACCAGGAUUACAUGUGUACAGUUGAACCAGGAAAUACCUGGAGAGACUUCCUCAAAAACAAAUGAAAGAAAAAUACAGCUAAAAAAUGUAUGACAGAAACGUACAGUAGAGGUUGAAUGAAUCAUGCUGAUGUCAGCAUUAUGGCAAUAUAAGGAUGGACAGUAGAGGUGGUAAACUUUAUAGCAACACACUGCAGUGUGUGUGCCAUUUUCACCUGCUGUGAACUCUGAGAGUGAUCAUGCAUGACUAUGUCAUCGCCCUUUAGAAAAAGAGAGAAAUUGAGGAGGGGUUGUAUUGGUAUUUUAUUUCCCUAUGAAUAUUAAUGUGUAAUAUAACAGGUAAUAAAGAGGACGAGCCCUAGUGCUAUCCGAUAGUCAAGUUCAAUGUAAGAGCAGGACUUUAUCUGAGUCUCCAGGCACUAACAGUGCCACACCACUGCAGUCUGCUCAGCUCCAAAACCGCAAGCACCAUCAGCAAUGCAGCAGGGGUGGCCUGUGUCAGGAAGAUCUGUAGAGAUACACACACAUACACUCAACAAAACGCUAAUGAACUAGCAGCACAACUCUGGUUAUAUCUUUGUGAAUGCACAAACAAAACCUCAGCUGUUAGUAGUGAAACAGAGAAUUAAUAAUAGAGGCUGAAGUAUAUGCAGUAUGCAGCAAACAUUUUCAAACAGAUGCAGCCAGAACCUCACAGUGGUCAUUAGCGUUAAUUUUUAGCAUUAGCUGAUCUCAUGAUGAAAACAUACUUGUAGAAACAUUUUUGCCAGACACGAAAUAUGUACCAAUAGUAAAAACAUGAGUCACGAUGAAAGAGCCGAAAGAUGAGAGAUCGAAAAACAAGCUAAAACAGCAUGCUUGCGAUUGCGUUUUUACGUCACAUUUGCUUUUGUUCACACUGUCGGGUAGGUUUAGGUGUAGUGCAAAUGGUAUGUUAUUUUAAAAUGUCACAGAGCAUUAGAGUUAUAGCGCCACUCAAUGGACAUUUUAAGUUAGAACUGCGGUGACACAUACAAAACCAACGUCACAUAAAACGUACCAAAUGUACGUUUAUCUGUUCUGGGCAAAAAACCAAACACUCUUUUAGCACCACUCAGUGGACAUUUCUGUUGGAAACUGCAGUGAUAUGUACUCAUUGGUAUGUAUUUUGUGUCUUGCGACAACUUUCCCACAGAUACGGUUUUUCUCAUGAGACCAGGUUGCUAAAUUUAGGUCCCAAAGGAGUCGGGUAUGUGUGUAGAGUGUAAGGUAAGCAAGCAGAUUAAUCAGAUAGCAGAUGUGCUAAGCGAGUACAAUGAGAGGUUGGGUUGCAAAACAAAUAACGAGAAAUUUAUAUCUAUGGUUAUAUUCUAAAAAUGCCCUGUCAUAAAAAUGCAAACAAUUGUAUCGUUAGUGAUACAACAACUUGUCACUGGGACAGUACCCUUCAAGGGACAAUUUUGUACCUUAUCUAGCCCUGAAAGGUGCAAAUUGGUACUUUAGAGAAGUAAUACAUAUGUACCCCUAAGGUACUACUAUGAACUUUUUAAAUGUAAAUAAGGUGCAGAAUUAUCCCUCUGAGGUCACUAUCCUAGUGACAAAGUGUUGUACUACUAAAGAUACAAUUUUUGCACAUUUUCUGAGAAUGUACUGUAAGUAACAGUAGUUUAGGCAAAAUAAACCAAGCAAUUUAGUAUGAUUUCUAAUCAGAUUAUGAGCUGCAUACUCAUUAAAAGUUCUUUUAGCCAAAACUUUUUUUCAACUUGCCUAACAAAUUUUCAAAUUUUUAAUGAAACAGGAAUUUCCUGUUUCUAACUUGGUGCAUAAAGUCAGCAUGCUUGCAAACAAAUGUUAGCAUUGUGAUUUUGUACUGUACAUCACCUUCCUAGCAGAACACUUAUGGUUGGAAAGUGGACAUUUGAAAUAGGAAAAUCCCAUGACCAAUGAACACUGUGUUUUACAACCUAUUAAACUUCUUAGACAAUUAGCAAUUUAGGCCUCAUACACUCUCAGAUAAAAUGUAUAAAUGUUGUACUUUUAUGGGUACAACAGCUUGUCCCUUAACUAAUUUGUACCCUUUUUAACCAGUGAAACAUUCAUAGGUACAAGCUUGUUACUGAGGCAGUACCCUUAAAGAGACAAGCUGUUGUGCCCCUAAUAGUACAACAUUUCUACAUUUUUCCUGUAAGUGUAGAUGCAUUCGAGUUAGGAUUUGAGACACAGCCUUAACGUUUUUAUCUUACAUUCUUGUUGUGCCAGUAACCAAAAUGAAAGUGUGGGUGAAGCCUCAGUAGAGUUUCAAAUUACAUUAGCGUGCAGAGAGUAGCUGAUUUUAGGAGGGUUUGGUUCAGGCUCAGUCUAGGAUAUAUAUUGAUUUUAAGUUUUUUUUUUUUUACUUUUGGUUUGGAUUGGAGCUUUGGGACCACAGGCAGUGCUGCAGACUGCAGGUCUUGUUGUAGUUUCAGCAGCUCAGGACUGAAGUUGUGCUCUGUCAGACUUUAGAUUUGCUGGAUUGAUUUGCUGUCUGCGGAGGUGUGUCCGUCACGCUCUGUCCAUCAUGCAUGAAGCUCUGCAGAAUUUCCCCAACUGAGAGUCACUAACACUCUCUUCUUCUCUCCUCUCCUCCUUGUCUUGUUGCAUCUCAUCACUUCUCUUCAUCGCUGUGGCUCAUCUCAUGUCAUCCUGUCUCCUGUUGUGUCUUCUCCUGUUUCAUCUCAUCUCUCUUCUUUAGCUUGUCUUUUUUCUUGUCUCUUUUCAUCUAUGUUCUCAUUUGUCUUGUCUCAUCUUGUCUCUUCUUUGUCUUCUCUUCAUGUCCCUAUUCUUGUCUCAUCUCAAUUUCUCUUUUCUCACUUGUCUUGUUUUGUCUCAUCUUCUGUCCUCUCCUCUCCUGUCCUCUCUUCUUUGUCUCAUUACAUGUCUUCUCUUCUUUUCUCUUCUCUUGAUUGUUGUCUUGUCUCGUCUCAUCUUGUGUCCUGUUCUAUCUUCUUUUCGUCUUGUCUUCUCUCUUCCUUGUUUUGUCUCUUGUCUUCUCCUCCUAGUCUUGUUUAAUCUCUUCUGUCCACAUUUGUCUUGUCUUGUAAUGUUGUCUCACGUUGUCUUAUCAUCUCUCUUCCUUAUUUUGUCUUUUCUUGUCUCUUUUUUUUCUUUUCCUGUUCUCAUUUUGUCUUUUCUCACCACUUGUUUUGUCUAAUCUCUUGUCUUCACCUCUCCUCCCCACCUUGUCUCCUCGGCUUGUCUUAUUUUUCAUAUUUUUUCUCCUGGUUUCAUCUUCUAUUCUCUUCUUCCCAUGUGUCUAGUCUCAUUUAGUCUUGCUUCUUGUCUUCUUUUUCUCAUCUCCCACCUUAUCUGGUCUCUUCUUGUCCCUCAUCUUGUCUCAUCACCUAUCAUAUCUGCUCCUUUCUUGUCUCAUUCUUGUAUCCUGUCUCCUCCCCUUCUUCAAGUCUUUAUUGUCUCUCAUCUCAUUUUGUCUCAUCUCUAGUCUUACCAUCUAGUCUCUUCUUGUCUCCUUUGCAGUAUUCUGCUCAGUUAUACCUCUGUUCAGACUCUGCCCUCCUCUUUCGUAUCUCUGCAGUGCUGGUUUAGUGAGGGUGAUGCCAUAAAGGCUGCUGUAAGCCGUCUUUCUCUGUCUUAAGGAAGAGGAGGACUAAAUCAGGGCAGAUGACAGGUUUCCACUGGGAACCCAAGCUUAGUGACUUUUCUUUGCCUUGACUCACAGUGCUUUUAUCCACUUCAAGCGUUGUGUGGAUUUUCCCAUUAGCAGUUGGGUGAGUGUAGACAGUUUGAGCUUUUACCUCUGGUAUAUUUUUUUAUGAUUAUAAAUCAAAUUUAAACACAACUUUGCUCUUGCAAUGUCUGCUGCAUACUGUAGAAAAAGUUUGCCUUUCUGAGAAUGAUCACAUCCUUUUUUAACCCAUUAAUGAUCAGAGGCCAAAGGAAAGUAUGACAGCUGCUCUCAGCACUAUAUGUUUUCAUAAUGCUAAGGUGACUUUGUAUAUAGUGCAUCAUCAAAUGGUGUCAUGACAUCAUUUAGGGAACAUUCCAGCCUGACACAUCCACAUAAGCCCCACACAUAUGGUCACUGAUCAUUUUUAUGGGGUGUGUGACAGUUCACUGGGAUAUUUAGUGGAGUCAGAUCACCUCCCUUGCCAAACACUUGCUCAGUGUGUGCGAGAGGUUCUCCAUUCUGAUAACCCCUCUUGAGCUCUUGGCAUCCUGUAACACAGCGGAGGCUUGACUGCAGUGUGACAACAGCUUAGAGAAGGAAGAGAACGCUGAUGCUCACAAACACACACUACAGAGCCGGAUCAGCCGUUUAUCAUCUCUGGCAGACUGAAAACUUUUGGUUAUUACUUAUUCUCCUUUUCUACCCCUCUUUUUGUCUUUGUGCUAUUGGAACACAUUUAGAACCAGUGUUUCAGAAGCUGCUUUAAAACUGCAGCUUAUCAAGUUACAGACUAGUUCUAAUUUAGAAUGACUAAAUUACAGUCACAAUUCUACAACAAAUAUCUUUUGGUACUUAUUACCUAGUGAAUUAAACUCAAAUAAAUUGGCAGGUGUCCCCAGGGUGUGUAAACAGAAACAUGCUGUUUUCAUGCAUGGCUCUUUAAAUGCAAAUGUGCUGCUGCUCCCCGCCCCCUUUUCCAGAAUAGAGCUGUGCCUUUACAGCUCAUACCUCAGAUGCUCUGCUAAAAAAACAUCUGUUUGGUUUUGAAUAUCAUGUUUAUCUUACUGAAAUCAUGCUUUUUAAAGCCAUAUCAGUUUAAACUUCUGAUAUAGGGUUUUCUGAGCACACACUUUCGAAGCGCACACACAGGAAGCGGCUGUCACACACCAUGUGAGUACUAAACUAAGUUCUCUUUCAUGUCUUAUUGCGCUUAAACUUUCAAAUACACACAAGUUCAUGUUAAAAACACAUGAGUUACAAAAACAGUUUCCCUGUAAAGGAAAACAGCUGGGAAUGAAAUCACAAUUAUAUUAGAUCUGUGUGGCAGCAGUGUAAUUUACAAUAAAUAAAUCAAUAAAUCCAAUGCUUUCUUGUCUCCUCUGAGGCUGGGACUAUAAAUAGUGUUCUGUGCUCGUCUGUGCAGCCAAAGACAAAACAGUUAGCAUGAUUUGCUUGAACUUUCACCAUGGCAUUAGAACUGGUACAUUGUUUUUACUUGCAAAAGCAAAAUGGCGGCACCGUGGGUGGAAAUGUGCAGAUUAAGGGGUGGUAGUGUUAUAAUAAGAUCCCCUUUUUCACAUUUUCUGGGUUGGUAGAUCCACCAGGGACCAGAUUAUAGCACUUAAACACUGAAAAAGUCUGAUUUUAACGAUAUGUCACUUUUAACCAUGCUGAUGAAUGAAUCAGACUUCCCAAUAAUGCAAAUAUGUUUUCUAACAAGUAGCACAGGCAAAACACCCAUAUCACUAAUUUGAAAACUGCUGAAAAAUCAUGCUACUGAAACAUUUAGUCACCACUUUUAGUUAGUUGCUCCCCAACACUGCUCAUUAUACUGCGGUCAGGAGGUUUAAGGCUGAGGACGUCUCUCGGGCAUAAUCAAAACAUCUGAUGUAAUCAGUCAAUAACAUGGUCACACACACACACAGCCUGCCUUCCAGGAGCAAUAAACAGGUGACUUUGAGGCCUCGGAAGAUGUCAAAGUUGUUUUACGACAAGAGAGAAAGUGAGGCUAGAGAGUGUUUUCAUUUGCAGUUGUUUUCCAAGAGCAGAACAUGAAAUAUUCACAGGCACUUAAUCUCUACUUACUGACAUUCAUAUCUGAGCAGCUCGUUCUUUAAGCGCAAGUGCUUGCGUGUACAUUGACAAUUGUACAUUCAGUAGGGAUUUCAUGUGAAUCUCUCAGACAGCUGCCUGCUCGUUGUGUAAGGGGUGACACACAGAAUCACACAGGGGCCCAAGGGGGCCCCUGACCUAUUUACAGCCCCCCUACCCCACUGGUCACACACAGCCAAACACACACACAGAGCCUGUCACUUUUCUAGACAAAAAACAUACACAAAUUCAACCUUCCUAAGGAUUUGCACCUAAAAUGAGGGAGAAUGUGUGAGAAUGGCUAGAAAACUUAACUGAGAUGUUCAAGUUAGCAGUGGCCCACAAUUACGGAAAGCAGAAAAUGGUUAGUAGUAGCUAGUAGAAGAUGUUUAGUAGAGCAUUUAAUUUAAAAUGGCCAAGUUUAAAUGAUUAUCAGGAAUGGCAAUAAUCUCAAGGUGGCCAAAUAUUCAAUUAGUUGUCCUGGUUGACAUAUAGGUGUAUCGUGUGUUCACUCUGUUGUUAUGCUUUUGGCACUUUUAAAUGGCACUUUGACUUUCAUGUCUAAAACAUGCAAGAAACUUAAAUAUUCAAUAAGUAAUCAGGCUGAGAUUUCUCUUAAAGGGAUAGUUCACAAAAAAAAAAAAAAAAAAAAAAUCUGUCGUCAUUUACUCUGCCUCAGAUUUUUCCAAAACAUGUAUGACUUUAUUUCUUAUGUGGAAAAUAAAUGUUAUAGAACUACUUUUUUCAUCCAGUCAAAGUCAAUGGGGUCCAAAAUGACACUGAAAUGAACCCCAUUGACUUUCAUUGUUUUGAUAAAUAAAAACUUCUGUGUUUUUUCACAGAAGAAAGUCAUAGAGGUUUGGUACGACAUGAGGGUUAAUAUUAAUUUUUGAGUGAACUGUCAUUUUAAUUACCCAUCAUGCAGUGCAGUAUUCUUCAAAACAGAUAUAUAUAUACCUUAGUGACAAAAAAAUCCCCACGUCACUGCAGCUUUAGUCUUUAAUGGUUCUUAAAGGCACCUCAAUGUCCAUCCUUGCAGUAAAGCAGAUGCUGAAUGUAAAGUCGACGUUUUAUGAACAUGGUCUCAUGUGCUUUGGGCUUUAUCUGAUCUGUCGUAAUGGGAUUCGGCUCUGUACUGGACUGGUGAAGUGGGAAAGUACACAUGCUUCACACACUUUGGUGUUUAGAAAACCAAGUCAAGAAACUCCUCACCGUACGAACAUUUAGGGCUCGUUCAGCUCUGCAAGAAGCUCUGUCUAUUUAAUAAAACUAUAGUAACUUAUAUUAAGUAACAUAUAUCUUUUACUAAACCAGAAAAAAAAAGAAUAGAAUAUGUUUAUGGAUUUGUUUUUUUGUUGUUGUUGAUUUGUUUUGCUGUUUUAUUUUCUUACUCUGGUGUGAAACAUCACCUGUAUUAGCACAAAUGAGGAGGACGCAGGCAGACGAGAUCAAUAGUUUUCUUCUGGCUGCCCCUUUUGCUUUGGUGCAGAAGCACUUAGAGCGAACAAGUGAGCCGCGUGUGUGUGCGUGCGUGUGUGGCCAGACAUGUUUGUGUGUGUGUGUGUGGCUCACGUGUCCAUGCCUGUCAACUUUGUAUUUAUAAUAUCAUUAAAGGUCAUUUGA